AUGAUGAUGCCAUCUACUUCGUCUUCUCUACUGUACUUUUCUUUUAAAAUUACGCAGAAAAAAGAGGGAAUGAAAUGCGAAUACUUCCAUUCGUUGUCUGUCCCCGCAGAAGAAAAACGAAGAGAAGGAAACAAAAUUAGGUAUUUGAUGGUAUUUCGAACGGAGAAAAAGAAAAGCGGAAAACCUUAUCGGAACCUUAAGCCAACAACACAAGAUUGUAAACAUUUUUUCCCUACCAUCCACCCACACGAUUAUGCCUUGAAUUUAUUUUCUUUUUGGCUUUUACGCUUAGUUUUGCCUCUCAUAUUCUCCUUCAAGAACAUAAAUUCAAUUGCCCGCUUCUUUCUUGUCUGUCUGCUUUAUUCAAAAGAAUUUUAUGGAAGUCAAAAAGAUCUUUACGAGGCUUCACAUGCACAACAGUUGAAUGAUAUUUAA